CCGCGCCGCCGUCACUUCCGGGCAGCAGCGGUUCAAGUCCGGGUCGGGCUGAGGUGCGGGUUCCCCGUGCCUGGUGGAGGUCCGCGCUGCCCGCAAUCUUCCCUCCGGGAGAGACCGAGCCGCGGUGGGCACGAGCGAGGAGCCGCCCGCCGUGUCCCGGGCAGGAACAUUGAGCGGAGCCUGGGGAGCUGCGGGCCCGGACCGACGCCUCCAGGUGCGGUGUGGUGAGGGGGACGCAGCGUCCGCGCUGAGGGGCCUCCGGCGGGCAGCGACCCCCUUCCCCGGCUCCCCUGCCCGCUCCGCCGGGGAGGGAGGAAGAUGCCGGUGAAGAAGAAGAGAAAAUCCAGCGGGGUGGCAGCGGCGGUGGCAGAAGACGGAGGCCUCAAGAAGUGUAAGAUCUCCAGCUAUUGCAGAUCCCAACCUCCUGCUAGAGUAAUAAGUGGAGAGGAACAUUUUUCAAGCAAGAAGUGCCUGGCUUGGUUUUAUGAGUAUGCAGGUCCUGAUGAAGUUGUAGGGCCAGAAGGAAUGGAAAAAUUUUGUGAAGACAUUGGUGUUGAACCUGAAAAUAUUAUUAUGUUAGUUUUAGCGUGGAAAUUGGAGGCUGAAAGCAUGGGAUUUUUUACCAAGGAAGAAUGGUUAAAGGGAAUGACUUCAUUACAGUGUGACUGCACAGAAAAGUUACAAAAUAAGUUUGAUUUUUUGCGCUCACAGUUGAAUGAUAUUUCAUCGUUUAAGAAUAUCUACAGAUAUGCCUUUGAUUUUGCAAGGGAUAAAGAUCAGAGAAGCCUUGAUAUUGAUACAGCUAAGUCUAUGUUAGCGCUUCUGCUUGGAAGGACAUGGCCACUGUUUUCAGUAUUUUAUCAGUACCUGGAGCAAUCAAAGUAUCGUGUUAUGAACAAAGAUCAGUGGUACAAUGUAUUAGAAUUCAGCAGAACAGUUCAUGCCGACCUCAGUAACUAUGAUGAAGAUGGUGCUUGGCCUGUUCUUCUUGAUGAAUUUGUUGAGUGGCAUAAAGUCCGUCAAACUUCAUAGCAACAACUGUAGUGAAGAAAAUGCAAGCCUUUUGAUUCCCGGUGUAUACAAGCUCAGGACAAGGAGGGAAGAAUCCAAGGGUGCAUUUUAUUCAUAUGAAAGACUUCUCAUAGUCCUUUUUUUUCUUUUCCUUUUUUUUAAAGGAGGUUUUCUUGUUCCAUGUGAUGGGCAAUGAACCACACUUCGGAGACUGAAUAUGGAAAUUUUUGUUUCAAGUUAUGUUUUUAACAUUUAUUUCAGAACAAUAAAGAUUCAGAUUUGUGACAAAGGC